GUCGCGUCAUGUCACACAGCAGUUCUAGCCAGUCCGGCCUGUAAGCUGUGAACCUUAAAAAUUCCGAAAAUUAGCCGAGCCGUUAAGCGUCGCGUGCUCAACUACCUACCUAGGUACUUACCUAGCUUAUACUUACUAUGUACAAACCCGUACCACUUGAACCUUUUAUUAUCGUACAUGUAUUAUAAUAUUUAAAACCCGAGACAAACUACGAGACUUUAAUAUUAUAGAAGAAAGCUGUAUAAGUCGGAGCUAAUGCCGUGACGAAUAAAACCUCUAUUAUCUAAAAUAUGGCAAGCCCAGCGGAGGCACCCCUGUUGUCACAUCAGGAGGACGAACUAGAAGAAGAACUGCGCCCGGAUGACGAGAAUACAGUUCCUGAGUGGCCUCCUGGUCGCCCGGGAAUUUUUAUAUGGCUCUUGACUUUGUCUGCUUGUAUUAGCGGUCUCCUAUUUGGAUACGACACUGGAGUGAUUUCAGCUACCUUGGUCUCGAUAGGUACUUCGCUUUCCGAGAGGAUGUUAACCUCUCUUGAUAAAUCUCUCAUCACGUCGUGCACGGCACUAUUCGCACUCAUCUUAUCACCCAUCUCGUCUGUUCUUGCUGAUCGCUUUGGCCGAAAGCCCGUGAUACUAUUAUCGGAUUUACUCUUUGUAUUCGGAGCUAUAGUACAGGCCAUGAGCGCCACCGUGUCAGGUAUGGUUUUUGGACGGUCGAUAGUUGGAGCCGCCGUCGGUGCCGCGAGUUUCGUGACACCGUUGUACAUUUCUGAGCUGGCCCCACCAGCCUACCGUGGUAUGCUCGUAACAAUGAACGUCCUAUCGAUUACUGCUGGACAAGUUGUCGCUUAUAUCAUUGGGUGGAUAUUCUCAGAGUAUAGUCGUCCUUCUACGGGAUGGAGGUGGAUGGUUGGUCUUGGGGUUCUCCCAGCUGCGUUGCAAUGUCUCCUUCUGUUAUUCAUGCCCGAUACUCCCCGCUGGCUAGUGAAAGUGGGGAAGUCUGCGGAUGCUCGGCUCGUCAUAGAGAAGACGUUGGGUUAUGACCCAUCGUCUCGCAGGCUAAUCGAUAGUGUCGUGAAAGAUAUCGAGAUGGAGCUUAGGGAAGAGCAGGGCAAUUUGGCAUUGGCAAGCAACGGAGGGAAGAAUGGUAGUACCUUGCUUAAGGGAUGGAAUGAGCUUCUCAACGUGCCGAAAAACCGACGAGCGCUGGUUAUCGCAUGCUUGCUUCAAGGGUUACAACAGCUUUGCGGUUUUAACUCGUUAAUGUACUUUUCCGCUACGAUAUUCACUAUGUUGGGGUUUUCGGUGCCGACGCUCACUUCAUUAACAGUCGCCGCCACAAACUUCGUUUUCACGGUAUUCGCAUUGCUCUUGAUCGACCGCAUCGGUCGUAGGCGGAUCUUGCUAUACUCAUUGCCUUUCAUGGUGAUGGGCCUUUUGCUGUCAGCCUUCGGUUUCAGCUUAAUCAAACUACCGCCUGAUGGUACCGGUGUCGGCGGGCGCGGCGCACCCGUUGUUGACGAUACUGUUCCAAUAUCGUCCCAAGGUGCUGCCAUUGUCAUCUUAGUAAGUAUAAUGAUGUACGUUGCGGCUUACGCACUUGGACUCGGUAAUGUCCCGUGGAUGCAAAGUGAGCUCUUCCCGCUCAACGUGCGCUCACUUGGCAGCGGGCUGGCGACAUCUACUAACUGGUUGGCCAACUUUAUCGUUGGGUUGACAUUCUUGCCAUUGAUGGACCUAUUAACUCCUUCGUUGACGUUUAGUUUAUAUGGCGUCGUCUGCGCUAUUGGCUGGUACGCUAUCUGGAAGAUAUAUCCGGAGACAGCGGGAUUGACUCUCGAAGAAGCCACCUGUUUAUUAGAAAACGGCUGGGGCGUAAAAUAACCGGGAUUUAUAUAUUUUUGACCAGCAGAGUACAUAAUCUUAGAAAGCUUACACUUCCCUCGGAAAGCGAAUUCGGUGUAAUAAUAGAAUGUAUGCCGUAUAUCGCCUUUCCUCACGGUAAAAUAAACAAGGUUGUAGAUGUUAUCUAUUCAAUGCACAGCCACAGUCAGCUUUAGCCUAUGCUCCACCUGACGGUAAGAUCAAUC